GGGCGUUGGACUUACAGAACGCAGCUCUGCUCGCCGCACCGGAAGUCCAGCACAACAUCACCGCAAUGCUAGCUCGACAUUAGCCUAGCCACCGUUACUCCCGCAAUACUUCACCUAAAGUAGCUUUAAACGCAUUUAUCCGGCAUUAUUAUUAUUAGUGUGUUUAACAACCGUUGCCACAAAAUGUCGAGUAGGAAGAGAUCGAGGGAGAAAGACGACCGGCGCGAGCACAAACGACACAAGACGACAUCUAAGGAGGACGACGAGAAGCUUAAAAGUCAGAUGAAGAGACUCAACCAACAAGUACAAAACCUCAAACACAUCGAGACUUUCUAUGAAAAACCUCCACCUGGAUACAUUAAGGAGCACGAGGAGAAACCCGAGGACUGCAUUCCUGCCGAACCGGGAAAUGAGGACGCGCGCAGCUUCCUGGCCAACGCGCCCACGAAGGGCCUGUGGAUGCCGCUGGGCAAGGAGGUGAAGGUGAUGCAGUGCUGGAGGUGCAAACGCUACGGCCAUCGCACGGGAGACCGGGAGUGUCCGUUUUUCAUCAAAGGCAACCAGAAACUGGAGCAGUUCCGCGUGGCCCACGAAGACCCCAUGUACGACCUGAUUCGGGAAAACGAAAGAAACGAGAAAGAAAGCAGGAUCCAGCAGCUGCAGCAGCUUCUCCAGGACACCACGUCCACGUCCACGUCCUCGUCCUCGUCCUCCGACUCAGACGGCGGCAAGAAGAGGAAGAAAAAGAAGGGCAAGAAGAAGAAGAAGAAGAAGCAGCGCAAGAAGAAGCACAAGCACGAGUCGACCUCCGAGUCCGAUUGACUCGCGGUAAUGGAAGCCGGAGUCAAGAAAUGCACCCUUAAGACUUGUUCCUCCCGCAGGUGUCGAGACCCCUAUCGUCCAGGAGAAAACAUGAUGAUUUUUUUUGUUUUUCUUUCAGAUGUUUGCAUCAUUUUUGUAUCCCCGUCAUCUUUGGUUUCUGUGAAAGCACUCUGUUGACUACGGAGUGCGUAACGGAAACCGCGCACCGCCGCGCUCUGGUGUAAGCCCUCAGGACGCGACUGCGGAGCAUACUUGGGAUGGUUUGAGGUUUGGGGGUUGUUUGCGCUGGAAAAGAGUCGACUCGGCGGGUGAGGAAUGUACGCCGAUGUUUGUCGUGUCCUGAGAAUAAAGACAAGUUUUUGGGGUUUUUUUUUUUUCCCACCGUGCUUGAACUCCCAACUCUUAAAGAUGUGACGAAGAACUUGCUGUGGCUUGGUCCCACUUUUCAGACUCUUCCAUCUGUCUGGUCUGGAAUUUUGUGAUCACCAUCCCCCCAUCGCUUUAUCAUCUAUCACUCUCGCUCAGUUGAAGCAGAUAGUCGCUUAUAAGCCAGGUUUCUUCCUUGCGUUCUGUUGCAUAGCUGUAAUUGAAGACGACGACGACAAAUGUUUUUAAUCGACUCGAAGUCGGCCAGUCGAUCUGGAAGAACCGGUCCCAAUUUACGCUUGGUUUUAGGUCGGAAUGCUGCCAUCUUUUGGUCCGCAGCCGAGGUCUUGUUGCCAAAGACCUUACGGCCUGCCGCAUUUGAAAUGAAAAGUUGGUACUGUGACACUAUUUUAAGAUCCGAUGCCAAAAUAACCGGGUAAAGGCUAACUCCUAAGCGCUAAUGUCAUUUCAACACUUGGUGCGCCAAGAAACUUGAGAUCAGUGAGAUGAAAGCAAUUUAUCAUUUACUUCUCUGUGAAGCAAGUACAGUAUAUAAACAACCAGCGAUAAGAGCCAGUCACUCGUUCCCAAAUUUGGUCUCGAGCGAGACUAUUACCAGUAUCAAUACUGCAAUCUUUCAAUCCAAAGUCAAAGUUUCACUUUAGGAAAAUGAAUGAGAAUCAUUCCAUCUUCCUAAGACAUCGAAGCAGCUACUUAGUUCCUGUGGUGUUAGAACUUGAGCAACCGAUACCACGAGAGCUUCUGAGUCUUGUCUGUUGAUUGCGGCGGUAAUCUCCCAGAUGGGAUUGAGGCCUUGGAGCGACCCGGCAGCGAGGUUUCGUGGUCCUGGGGAGUUUUAUCAGAGCGUUCGGUCGUCUUCAGUCUGAUUGAGUUGCUAAGACCAGACAGGUUUCAGAGACAGCAGGUAAGAGUUUAUUCUACAAGAGUAUAGCGCUUCAUGUGGGGAACAAUGGUUUUCACCUUGGCAGCGACAAGCGUCUGGAUCCGAGUGAAAGAUUUCCACACACUUGAACGAAUAAAGCUGGCGUCUCGUUCCCUCGCAGCUGCGUUGGGCGAAGCGACUCGCUGCCUUUGACGUCCCGCUGCGCAGCUUUAAAUUCAAAUGCGGCCCCGGAUAGAAGGAUUACUGUUGCCGGCUCCCCCUUCCAGUUAGAAAACAUAGCCGCCAUUUACGAGCGCAAACGCGUCUGAGGGGAGAAGCGCUUUAGCGUCGAUUAGCUUCGAUUGUUACGAUGCUGCUCCAAGCACAUCGUCAACCUUUUAAACUUUGAAAACUGUCCGCUGGCAAACAUCAUCGACAUAAUCCCGUGUGUCUGUGCGAUGGUUUUAUAUGAACAUUUACCAAACUACAAAGAUGUAGUAAAACCGCCAGAGGAAGCUGGUGAAACUCGGAUUUGUUCUCUUCAACUGUACAGGCGUGCAAAAUAAUGUAGCCACACUUCAUACAAAGACUUACAAACUAAAUGCUCAGAUUAAAUGAAGAUGCAGUGGAUAUAUAUGACAAGCAUUCGCAAUUGUACUAAAAUUUUUAGGUAGCGAGAUGUACGCUUAUCACAGAAAAGAAAGAACAGGGAGAAGUGCGAAAGAUGCAAAAAAAAACAAACCAAAAAAAAAACAUUUAUUUCUGCGAUUACCCAGUAAACUCAGUCCCAACUUCAGCUCCACCCGCUGACUCUGGUGGGGCACAUUUUCACUUGCCCCUACAUAGAGUUGUACUUUGCAACACACAGAUAUGUUCUUUUAUCGCCAAAUACAGUAUGCAGUUGCUUUAAAUCACCUGUACUGUACUUUUACUGUAGUCAUGUGAUUAAAUAGAAGACUGCAAAGAGCAAAAUGUUAGCUUGCUUGCUAGCUCACGUGUGCUUUGGUGACGUUCAGAUCGUUUUUCGUAGCGAUGUCGCACAUUUACACGGUCACGUGUCUCUAGGCGGAAUAUGCAAAUAGGUUUUGUCUGCAGCUUGGGGCAGAGGGCCUCACUGCCCCACUUGGCAGAAAAGGGACAAAGGUAGCGGCAGGAUAUCGACUGAAACUCCUCAAACAAAAUUCACAGCGAGUUUGAUUGAAUUACUGUUGUGCAAGUUUAUUUCCCACACAAAAGCGCAACCUGCUGGAUCUGGCGGGCACUGCCCGACUAGAUCCUUCACAGAAUCAUGCGUUGCUACAAUCAGGUUUGUUUUUGUACCUUCAUACAUUCUAUUUUCUUUCAGUUGGUUGAGAGCGAUUAAAUAGAAAAUGUCGCAACAAUAACAAGAAGCAGGCACAACAACGUAAACCAUUUGUUUUCCGAGUGAUGUCACACAUUUAUGGUGUCACUUGUUGCCAGGUGGAAUUUGUAAACCAGAUUUACAAAAAUACCAACGCCAAUAAAUGUCUUUUAUGCAUGAUCUACUGUUUCAUCAGCAAUGUGGGGCAGAGGGCCUUGUUGCCCCACACAACACUGAAAGGAUGUAAAAAAAAAAUAAAAAAUCAAUACUCAACAAAUGACUAAAUCA